CUGGACCUUCACAGAUACCGCUAUGGUCACUGUGGCUUUCACAGAUACUGUAAGUGAGGACAUUGAGAGGGGUUCAGAGGCAGAACCUGUCUUUGAGAAGGGACUGGAGGAGAGCAUGGAGAGCUUGACCUUUACAGAUACUGCCAUUGCCACUGAGUCCUUCACAGAAACCCCUAAGUUCUUCGCAGACACUGUUAGUGAGGACAUUGAGAGGGGAUCAGAGGCAGAAGUUCUUGACCAGACCUCUCCAACCACUGCUACACCAGCUGAGGACGACUGGUUACAUGUUAAGGGAGCCAAAGAGACAGAGAAGAUGGAGAGAAAAUACAUGGGGGUUGAAGAGGCGGACUUUGGCUUUGAGUCAGUAGAUGUAGCUGCCAGAGGCUUAGAUGAAGAGAGGCAGCAGGAGGAAGCAGAGGAGCCAACAACGCCUGAACGCAGAGCUGCAAACUCUCAGGAAAUGGGUCAAGACAGUGCUGCUUCUCCAGAAGGCCUCAUGGCCAGUCCUGGCCUGGUCACUUCCAGCCAGUCACUACUGGAGUGGUGUCAGGAGGCCACCAAAGAACACAAGGGGGUCAAGAUCACUAACUUCAGCACAUCCUGGAGGAACGGCCUGGCCUUCUGUGCCCUUCUACACCACUUCCACCCGGACAGGAUAAACUUUGAGAUGCUGGACCCUUAUGACAUCAAGCGCAACAACAAGAAGGCUUUCGACGGCUUUGCUGAGCUGGGCAUUUCUCGGCUGAUGGGGCCCUCAGACAUGGCCCUCCUGGCCGUGCCUGACCGCCUCAUCGUCAUGACCUACCUCAACCAGAUCCGCACCUACUUCUUGGGCCAGGAGCUGAGCGUGCUGCACAUAGAGGCGGACAGCAGCGAGUCCAGCUACGGCGUGGCCGGGGAGAGCAGGGAGGUCCCCGACCCGGAGGCCGCUGCACGCUACUGUCAACGGAUCCAAGAUGAGACCCUCACAAUGAACACCAAUGGAGGCGCUGCAGAGAAAGAGGCGUAUAGUGACACUAAGGGGGGCACCAAUGGGGACGUGGUCCCGCCCCCUAGAACCAAACGGCUACAGGCUGCAGGGGCAGGAGGAGGGGCCCAGGCCCCCGUCGCACCCCCCAGGACACACUUCUUAUCUGCCAAGUCUGGGUUCUCCCAGCUAAAGGAUGCAGAUCUGGUUAAGAAGCGGCGGUCGCAACGCAGGUCAAUAGACGAGGCAGACACACCCGAGGUUGCUACAGGUCAGGAAGAGGGUGGAGCUACCAGAAGGAAAUCAGAAACAGAAUGGGAAGCUGGUGAAGAAGGACGAUCGGCUGAGGAGGGGUGCCAGGACGCCAGCCAGUAUGCACUGAGUGAGAUGAAGGCCCUGGAGACGGAACAGAAGCACAUUGACAGCAGGGCAGACAUAGUGGAAAGGAGACUACGCCGACUGAUGGAGUCAGGUAGUGACAAGAUGCAGGAGGAGAAGCUGAUUCAGGAGUGGUUCACUCUGGUCAACAAGAAGAACGCCCUCAUCAGGAGACAAGACCAACUGCAGCUACUACAAGAAGAGCAGAACCUGGAAACGAGGUUUGAGAUGCUGAACCGAGAACUGAGAGACAUGAUGGCUAUUGAAGAGUGGCAGAAGACAGCGGCCCAUAAGCACAGGGAGCAGCUGCUACUGCAGGAGCUGGUGUCUCUGGUCAACCUGAGGGACGAGCUGGUCCACGACAUGGAUGCCAAGGAGAGAGGGGCUCUGGAGGAGGAUGAGAGGCUGGAGAGAGGCCUGGAGCAGAGACGCAGGAAGUACAGCAAGAAGAGCAAGGAGGAGAAGUGUGUGCUGCAGUGAGGCCUGGAGCCGGACACACCUGAACCAGGCAGCCCUGUGGAAGGUCACCUGGGUGCACUUUGGGACUGAUGCUGUAUGUGUGUGGCUCAUGACAUCAACACUGCAUGGAGGAAAUUGAGAACAGUGUCAUGUGACUGCACUAAGAGGACGGAAAACGAUGUUCGCCCCUCCCCCCACACGCCUCCAUGAUAUGACUGAGCCUCAAUCCAACCUAUGACUGGUUAUCAUCAGUCGCUUUGCUCUUCAGAUUGUGUUUUGAUUGGAUUGAAGUGGUUUUCUUGUCACAUAUUUUUCUAUAUGGAUGCAGAGUUUGUGUGUACCUGUGUUUGUGCGUGCGAAUGUGUGCGCUGAUGCGUGUCAUUGUGAGUGCAAUCUAUGACUGUAUGGGCGUUAUUUUGUGUAUUAACGUCGGGUCACAAAGACAUAUCCCUAACUAACCUAUCACCAGAUAGUUGCCUUACUGUAGAAUCUGUUACAGUAGUGUAUUGUUUCAUGGGUUACGUAUAAAAAGGUAUUUUCCACUGAAUGGCAUAUUAUGGACGGGACACACUCCAGUUACUAUGUAUAACAAAGACCAACUUUAGGCCCAUGCAGCAGGUGGAUUGAUUCACCCGUCUUCACCUCUACAGUUACAUGAAGCUGACAUGGAGCGGUCUGUGAUUUAUUGCCAAUUACAAUGGAGAGAUGGACGGCAAGUACUCAACUUGCGCCAAACAAAUAUCGCAAUAUUGUUAUUUCUUGCAGUGUGUUGGCUUGCCCUGUGCAGACGGCACACAGCAAACAUCUGUUGUCUUGAUUGUUUAUCGACGCGGAUGUCGAGGAAAGAAGAAAACUGACAUUGUCGACAAGGUCUUGGUAUUGAAGAUGUUAAAUGUUUACUUGCAGGGCUCCGACGCUCAACCAGAGUGGGAGAUUGUAGGGAGGAAAGGGAAAAGAACUGUGGAGUCUAUACGGUAGCAAGUUUCGUACCCUACAGCUCGGUGUCUGAAAGAACAAAACCGUUUUAACUUAUCCAAAAUCAUUUAUGGAUUUAUUUAUUGAAUAGGUAUUCCACAGAUAAUAUUACAGAUCCAGCCUGUGAAAUGUGCCUUUUGACCAGACCCACAGUUUUUUUUAAAUGACUGGAAGUAGGAACUUUGUUCCAGGUCUGGAUAUGUUUAUGCAGUGAGUUUGAGUUCAGUUACUGUUUUGUGACAUUAGCCUUGUAAUGUCUUGGUUUCCAUUGAUUGGGUUUUGUUGUUUUAUUUAAUUCAAUGAAUUGGCGCAGAAGCUGUGGAGUCUGAAAAGGUAAUGAUCUAAAAUACUAGAGAACAGCAAUAUUCAGAACAGAAAACAUCAGGCAAAUGCAUGUUUUGUAGUAUUACUAUAUAUAGUCUUAUGCACGUGGUUAUGACAGAGGAUGUUAUGUGCAAAAGUGUAUGCAGUAAACAAUUAACCCUAACAUGGUCAAAAAAAAAAAAACUUUACUUUUGCAGAAAAAUAUUCUAAGAUUAAAACACCAGCACUUCCUUACUGCAGUAUUACUAUCAUUUGGCCAAGAUUGGACCAGAGGUUGAUAUUAGCUUGACCUCUGCGGCGCAACACAACAGAGUAAAAACUAGACUCUGUCCUGAGUGAUUUUGGGAUGCCAUUUGACUGAGAGUGAAAAAAAAAUUGGCGGUGAAGUGUUUGAACUUGUGUUCCAGUCUGUGCCUCCUCUGCCACCCUGUUGUUAGUUACUGUGGUAAUGUUUACUAUUCCCUGUGUGAGUUUGAGAAAUGUGCUUUUGAGUUUUCUGAAAUAGCUUUUUGGGGAAGUUUUUUUGUUUGUUUUAAUGUUACGUACAUUUGCACUAUUUGUAAUGUUUGGAAAAUAAAAGCUAUUUUGGAUGACUUGGAGAAA